AUGAAAAGGUUCGAGGUUGUGCGCAUCUUCGGUUUGCUGGUAGCCUGUGUCGUUUUUCCACGCCAUGGGUGUGCCCGGGCUGCGGGCACGACUGGUCAAGUCAACGUCGACGGCCGUGAGGGCCGUGUCACCCCCGUUUCCUUCGAGGAAACCUUGGAGUUUCGGCCGCAAGUCGAGGACUGGUUGGCGAACUAUAGUUCGCAGAAGGAAAGGGUGCGGGCGCUGACUCAGUCGGCGCUGACGAAAAUUCGGGAGGGCCGUCAAGCCGUGCAUCUCCUCAAGUCCUUGGAGACGCAGUGUCGCCGAGCGACGCAGGCGGUCAUCGUCGUCGAUGCUGGCAGCUCUGCAACGAGCCCCGCGCUCUUUCGCAUGCAAACGGUGUCCUGUCCUCUCCAGCAACGCCGAGUCCUUCCUGAUUCCAUCCGGCACGUGGCGAACGGGAUUCGCCACACGCGACUUCGCGAGGUUCUGGAGAAGUGGCUGGACCAUUACGCAGGCAAGAACUGGGAGUCGAGAACGCUCGACUCGCGGGUGAUGUUUAUGUUUUUCAGGGAUAUUUUGAAGACCGCCGAAGAUUUCUUCCGGGUUUUGGGAGAGAACAUCGUCGAACUGCUGGAGAAGCACUUGACGGAAGAGGACAAGGUUCCCGUCAAAGGUCUGGGGGUACCCGUGAUCUUUUACAGCACAGGGGGAGUCCGAGACUUCCAAGACUGGUAUCGAGAUGGAUUUUUCGUCGCGCUUCGCCACGCCAUCAACAACUUCACCAAUGCGUUCCACUACAAGCUCUUCACGAAUCCCGAGCUGACGCGGGCCAUCACUGGCGCCGAAGAAGGCCUGUUUGCUUUCCUCACGUUCAAUCACUUGACUCAGCGGUUGACGGACAGCUACCAUUCUGGCGUUGCACGGGGACGUGUCGGGCGGUCCCGGAACGAACUGGCUGCUCUCGUCGAGAUUGGCGGAGCGUCCGCUCAGGUUGUCCUCCCCCUAGCGCCGACAGCUGUGUUGCCGUUUGCCGUCAAGGCGGUCAAUCUCCAGCGCGAGCGCUUCCUUCCCAAACGGUUCCCGAAUGCAGAUGUCAUUUCCGUCUCAUUCAUGCACCUGGGCGUUGACAGUUCCACAGGCUUGUUUCUGAAGCAACUUUGCACUGACAAAGAGUUCCUAAAGGACGGCAUCUGCUACAAUCCGUGCUUCUUCAAAGGCUACCAACAGGCCUGCUCGGCAGGCGCCGUCACAAUUAACCACGAGGACGGAACUGUGGCUGUGAGUGAAGACAUGAGGACAAACAAACUGAAGCCGAUCGCAACGUACUGCUCCGAGAGCAAUCCGGAAAUUUCCAUGAAAGCCAUCAAUAGACUUCAGUGUCGGCAUAACAAGAUUGAUCCGCGUCAGCCACUGGAGAAGCGCGUCGCGAUCGAGGGGUGCACGAAAAUCGUGGGGACAGGCGACUUCGACAAGUGCCAGCAACAAGUCGAAAGCAUCCUCAUUUCGCCAAAGUAUCCGUUGCCAGCAAACAGUGAAGCGACGUCUUCCGGCUUUGACUCCUUGGGCCAGGUUUUCAGGUUCGCGUCAACGAACGCUCCUAUGGUGAUUACGGGUGCGGCUGAGGUGGUGGCCAUUCGUUUGCUCAUGAAAGCCGGUUUGCUGAGUUCGUCAUUCUCGGGCGACUCAAAGGAGAUGGAAGAGGCGUCGAAGAAAUUCUGCGGCGCUCCCCUGCAGGUCCAAGAGAACUCGGGUCCGAUGAUGAUUCAUCUGCCCAAUUUGCAGAUGAAGUUGCUGUCUAUCGACCAUGAUAUCUGCAAGUCCAUGGCAGUGAACGUCGCGUUGCUGCGGCUCAUGGAAGGUGCGGAAGAGCGCCCGGUCACGAUCACGUGGGAGAAGAGCGUCAACGACGAGAACGGCGAGCACGUGGCGGAUCUCGGGUGGCAUCUUGGAGCAAUCUUACAGCAGGUUUUGCACGUUGACGAAUGGGGGCACAUGGUGUAUGAGUCCGGUUGGACCCAUAAUUUGUGA